AUGAAAAGAACUAGUAUGAUCCUCACUAUUGCUGCUGUGGUCUCCAUCAGUCAAGCUACCAGACUACAAACUAAGUCAACCACACAGCUCGCCCAUCCCGCAUAUGAUAAGCAGAUUCUCGUUGAAACCGCUGCUGCAGUUCUGUUUGGAGGUGAUGAACAACAAUUUGCCCAAGCUGCAGAUCAAGCACUCAACCAAAUCGCUUUCGACUUCAAUGCAAUUAAGAAUAAGUUGAAAGAUAAAGCUUUGUAGGUUAUUAAACAAUAAGCCGCAAAGAUAUUGGGUGGAGGAUAGUAAGCCGCUAAAGCUGCUCAACUAGAUGAGGAUGUUUCAAGAUAUAUCUUGAGUGAAAUUGCAGCAGGAAAUCCAUAGUUCAUGUAAGCCUUUGCUGAAGUCUCAGUAAGCGGUACAGUUGCAGCUGAAUCUCAAUCAGGUGAUCAAUACUUUGAUUGGCUUAGAAAUCUUUUCUCAAAGAAACAACAAGCCGAAAACAAGAAUGACAAGAAAGCUGCUCAAGAAGCACAGGAAUAGAUUGAGGCUGAAGUAGCCAACUACAUCAGAGCUCAAGGUCAGUAAAUAUUUGAGGACUUGAACGGAAAGAUUGUCAGAGCCUAAUCAGUUAUUGAGGUUGCAGAAGAAGGCAACAACGAUGACGAUGAUGACGAUGAUGAUGAUGAUGAUGAUUUCAAUGAUGCUCAAAUUACUGAAGCAGUCCACAACUACAUUCUUUCACAAUCAUUAGAACAGUCAACUUCAGAGUUUGAUUCUUGGUAUGCUCAACUUAGCACUGAGGACAGAUCUUAAUUCGAAAGCCUAAAGGAUAAACUCAAAAGACAAAUCCUCACGAAAAUUGGUCAGUUAAAGCAAAAUGGACUUGAUAAAUUGAAGGGUGCUAUUGGAGAAAAUGCUUAUAAUGCACUCUCAAAAAUGGCCAAGCCUUUGAUCGAAAAGUCACCAGUAGGAAAUUUCGUCCAUCAGAUCGAUAAUGAUGCUCAUGGAGCUGACCAAAACAAUCAAGCUAAAGCUCAAAUGAUUGCCGCUGAAUCAAUCUCUGCUGCUUUGAUUAAAGUGAGAAACCAAUGA